AGCGCUCUCAGGCGCCAAGCACUACAACUCCCGGCAUGCCGUGAACUUGAUGGCCGAGCCUUUGGGGCGGUGCCUAGCCCUCCCGCCCGGUCCCCGCUGCUGCCCCGGCCGCGCGCGGAGCGGGGACGCGAGCCAUGGAGGAGACGCAGCCCCCGGGCUGCAGCAAGCCGCACCUGGAGAAGCUGACCCUGGGGAUCACCCGCAUCCUAGAAUCUUCCCCAGGUGUGACAGAGGUGACUAUCGUAGAGAAACCACCUGCUGAACGUCAUAUGAUUUCUUCAUGGGAACAAAAAAAUAACUGCGUGCUACCUGAGGAUGUGAAGAAUUUUUACUUGAUGACCAACGGCUUCCACAUGACAUGGAGUGUGAAGCUGGAUGAGCACACCAUUCCGUUGGGCAGCAUGGCAAUUAACAGCAUCUCAAAACUGACUCAGCUCAACCAGUCUUCCGUGUAUUCACUCCCUAAUGCACCAACUCUGGCAGACCUGGAGGAUGAUGCACUUGAAGACAGUGAGAACCAGCCAGAGAAGCCUCACUUUGAUUCUCGCAGCGUGAUAUUUGAGCUGGAUCCUUGCAAUGGGAAUGGGAAGGUUUGUCUUGUCUACAAAAGAGGGAAACCAGCGUUGGCGCAAGACACCGAGAUCUGGUUCCUGGACAGAGCGUUAUACUGGCAUUUUCUCACAGAUACCUUCACCGCUUACUACCGCCUGCUCAUCACGCACCUGGGCCUGCCGCAGUGGCAGUAUGCCUUCACCAGCUAUGGCAUUAGCCCGCAGGCCAAGCAGUGGUUCAACAUGUAUAAACCCAUCACCUACAACACAGACCUACUUGCAGAAGAGACCGACUCCUUCGUGAACAAGCUGGAUCCCAGCAGAGUGUUCAAGAGCAAGAACAAGACCUUACUCCCCAAAAAGAAAGGGCCAGCCCAGCCUGCAGGUGGCCAGAAAGGGCCCCCAGGUCCUCCGUCCACCUCUAAAUCCUCUUCUAGCCCGGGAAACCCUGUCCGGAAAUGAGCACCCUACCUCCCCGCCAGCCCCACAGCAAUGAUUUCCACGCGCAGAUGGCCCAAGCCUCAGAUUCUGUGAAUGGCACCAUAGGCCUCUUCCCAUCUGAGUGAGCCAAAUCCUAGGCCUUUUACUCCCGCUGGCAUUAGCCAGGAGUUCAAGGGCAUACUCAGGUCUCCCCUAGAGUCCUUUCUUCAUCUCUUAACUCUGAAAGCUGUGGAGAGUUUCAGAACUUGUUUAAAUAGUUAAAUAGAGCUGUUAAGAGCUUUCCUCUCUCCACCCCCAACCCUCUACACCCCUCAGCAGUGAUUAGAGAAAUCCCCCAAAGAAACGACUGAUUUUUGACCCAUGAGGCAUUAGAACUGUGCUGUCCAAUUGGUAAUCACUAGCCACAGGUGGCUGUUUAAAUUAAAAAUUCAGUUCCUCAAUUGCAUUAGCCACAUUGUGAGUAUUCCUGUGGCUAGUAGCUUCUCUAUUCGACAACAGAAAUAAUGGAACAUUUCCAUCAUCACAGAAAGUUCCGUUGGGCAGUACUGCAUUAGAAUAUUUUCGUACUGCCCUUACUCAGAUCAGUUCGUUUUUGUUAGAGAAUGUGGAUACCUUAUUUUGAUGUGUCAUAAUGUUCCAUGAAAAUUCUUGAAGAUACAAUUGUAUAUGUUCUUUUUAUUUUUCAUAAUUCUCACUCUGGUCCUUUCUCAGUUUCCUAUAAAGUUUGUUGUUUCCGGUUUUGCAGUGUGAUGUUUAUACAUUGCCAAAAUUAUCUAUUUAUUUUUUUUUUUAAGAGGAGAUAAUUCUCUACUUGAACCAUUUACAAACAAAAAAUAAACAACUCCCAAGCAUUGUUUUACAGGACUCGUCAUAGAGAGUUUUUAUGAAACCACUGUCGACAGAGCUUUCCACCUGUCCUGCCUACUCCUAGCUUUCAGCAAUUCAUGGAGUGGCAGAAAGGGACAAAGAGGGCCCAAGCGGUGAAGGGUAAUAGCUGAAGUUUGUCUGUAUUUUUCUGCCAGAACUGAUCAAAUGAAAUGGAGAACGAGCAGCACCAGAUAAGUGAUUGCUGCUCCCAGACAAGUCAGUUAGAAGGGGGUCGAGCAGGCAUGUCCCCUCUACUGCGGCACGCCAGCCUCCAUGCUGGUGAAU